AUGUCUGAGGGUGGAUCCCUGUCCAUUCUGGUCGAUCGGAGGCCUCGACCCAAUCCCAAAUUCCAAGCCAGAACAGAACUUCCGGGAAAUCCUGUGCCUAAGGGAACAGUGAGUGUCUGGAGUGUUCUCAAAAGUAUGAUCGGCAAGGUAAGAGAGACAUAUUCAUGCCAAGACCUCUAUUCACACAAUCGAAGUUUCUAAUUUAGGACCUAUCAAGGAUAACCCUUCCAAUCGGGCUGAACGAACCGAUUACCUUCCUCCAGAGACUAGCCGAAUACAUGGAACACAGUGAAUUGCUGAAUACGGCUACUCGGACUGAGGAUCCUCUUCACCGAAUGGAGGUAGGGAACUAACCGUUACUUGACAAUUUAAGUACAGCUAGUCUCAGCCUUCGCGGUGUCCACCCUUUCAAGUGUCCGUCUGACCAAGCCCUUCAAUCCUUUGCUUCAUGAGACAUAUGAAUUAAGUCGACCUGAGCUUGGUUUCCGUUUCAUCGCCGAGCAAGUCUCCCAUCAUCCUCCGAUCUCCGCCUUCCAUGCUCAAUCCAACAGCUUUGAAUUCUCUGGUACUGUAGCCCCUCGAGUUAAAUUCUGGGGUCGCUCUGUUGAAUGUGACCCUGGCGCCGCCUUUACUCUCAAGUUGUUGAGGUAAAUAUGUGAUCCCUUUUGAUGCUAAUAAUGUUGUUGUUUCAGGAAAGAAGGAAUUGAGAUCUACACGUGGAAUGCAGUCAGCUGCACAAUUUACAAUAUAAUCAUGGGUAGUAUGUACAUAUGUGCUGUAAGUAAAUAAUGAUAUUUUUACAAUAAAAUGGCCUUAGAAUGGAAGCAUGACCAUCGUGUCUCAUGCAACUCCUUUCGAGACCAAAUUGAGUUUUAAAGGAGCCAAUCAGAACAAGCCUGAUCUCCUGGUCGAAGGCGAUGUACUUCAAAAGUAAGAUGACUAAUUGGGGAGUUAUGCUUUUUUCAGCAAGACCAAAGUGUCCAAGAUCUAUGGCAACUGGGCCCAUUUCUUGGCCAGUAUUCCUCAUAAAACCUAUUCCGAAAAUUCUCUGGCAUACGAACAGGCUUUCCGAAGACAUUGUGACAGUCUUCUAGAGGUUAGUGAUGUCAGAGAUUACUGUAUUUUUUAGAAUUGCCCGAUCGUUGUCUUCAAGGGAUCUAGAUUCUUGUGGAGUUCAAACGAAAAACCGCCUAAGGCUGAGUUUUUUUACAACUUCACCCACUUCACGAUGAUGCUUAAUGAGAUGCCGCCAAGUCACAGUCUCCCUAAGACCGACUGCCGUUUCCGUCCUGAUCUCAAGUUUUUCGAGUUGGGAGAUAUUCGUAUGUAAUUUAAUUGCAAAUUACUGUUUUAUAAUUAUAUUUUAACAUCCUAUAUUUAGCAAGAGCUGAGUUUGAGAAGAAUCGUGUAGAAGAGAAGCAGAGAUCGGUCAGAAAGAAGUCGAAGAAAGGCAAAAAGGAGAAGGAUGCAAGGUAAAGUGAUUGUACAAAGCUGCUCAUUGCUCUUCAGAUGGUUCAAAUAUAUUGGAAAAGACGCAUUCGGCAGGGACAAUCAAUGGGAAUUUGAAGAUAACUACUGGAACAGAACGGCCGUAUCUGAAACUGAUGACAUCUUCUGA